AUGGCUGUCAAUAAGAGCUCUAGUAUUUCUGAAAUUGUAUCCUUGAUGGAAGCUUACACGGAUAUGUCAAAAGUAUCUAAUGAAUCUUUAAAAAAUGUAACUGGUGGAAUAUUAGAAGUUUUUACCUGCAAGAUAAAUAUUUUAAUACAAAAUUUACAUAGAGAGCUAAAUGAGCAUAGUCGCUUGAAUGAUACAGUCAAGAUCAGAGAAAAAUUUAAACUAGGCCAAGAUCAUUUACGAUCGCAUUCAGACAUUAUCUGGUACUACGUACUACAUGCACUAUACUUAUUACAGACUUUAAAGGAUGAACUUAACAAAGCUUAUACUAACGACUGCAAUGCUGACAGCAAUUGCAAAAUCAAAGCCGAUAGCACAAAAUUAAGGCAAGCAAGUGUCCAUGCAAAACCAUCGAUUGAAACUCCGGUUUCACCUUCAGAUAUUUUGAGCGUUAAAGAACAAAAAGUAAUCCAAACCUUAACUCAAAUUAUUACAUGUCUCGGUAUUUAUCCAUAUCUUGAGUCAGGGGUUGGCUUACCAUUGUACAUGCGCUCUGUUUUCAGUAAUAUUCUUGAAGAGAUAAUUCAGAACACUGAUUUCAAUAAUCAUCAAUUUUAUGAACGUCGCUUGUAUCUAGCAACUCAAGUUCUAUUCUCUUGUCUAAAUCAGAAAUCACUGAAAGUUGUUUUGAUAUCACGACAUCUAAUAGAUAUUGUAUCAGCUUUAUGUCAAUUGGGUUAUUCUAAGCUUCAAGUAAAGGAUAUCUAUUUACAUCAUGAUGAAGACAAUGAAAGCAAUGACUUACAACAGAUAUCAAAUUAUGAUCUGAUUGAUAUUUCUGAUUCUGAAGCAAGUCGAAAAAAUUUUUCUCUUUCUACCAAAGAGAGAAAUAGCUGUGCUGGACUUUUAAGUCAAAUCCUGAACUCCACCUAUCGCCCUAUGGUAGUCCAGAUGUUAUUUACACUACAAAAUCCCUCAAGAAGCACCAAAGAGACUUCUGAAACACGGAAAGGUAUUCCAGAAAGGGCAUUGAUUCGAUGUGAACAGUGA